GAUAAUCUGUUCUUUGGACUAUUUUUAUCUAAAUUGUAAUACACAUUUUUCCCUCUUUUUUUUUUCAUCUUGAUGUCUGUUUCUAUUGAAAACUAUCUGGUUGUCGUUGUAAAAAUUGACCCAGUAGGCGGCAGUAAUGCAACUCACGCUUGAUUAAGAUCUGUGGUAAAGGUAUAAAAGAAGCAAGGUUGCAGGUGCAAACAAGGUUACGUGCGAGUUUCACUGACGAGGACGAACUUUAAAAGGUAAACACCACCUACUGUCGCAAACUUUAUAUUGCCUCUAAAAGUUGGACGCUGCCUUUGACAAGCCGCUCAUUUUGUGUACUAGCGUGCGGUGGCUAAAACACAGCUUACGCAGUUGAUGCUAGGCAAACAAGCUAGGUCAUUAAAACAACAAACAUGGAGUGUUUUUGUGAAAAUUAGUCUCCUUCGAGCCGGAUUCGAACCAGCGACCUAAGGAUUUCAGUCACACCUCUACAGUCCUCCGCUCUACCAACUGAGCUAUCGAAGGGACGUAUGAGAUUAGAUCAUCGUAAUGAAAUGUGGGUGAGGGUAAUGUUAUGUCUGCUAACAAGACGGCAGAUAGCAGUGAUAAAGCCCCCCUCUUUGCCUGGAGCACGUCUGCCUUUUUGUCUGGCUUUUACAGGAGAGUCAACUUAUUACUCUCCGAGGCUGAGACGGUUCAGUGAGCCGAAGGUACGAGGUGACAUGGAAGAGUUGGCGGCCGUGACCAUAUCCUUUUACAGUCUGGAAAUAAAGCCAGACAGAAGCGCUGGAGCUGGGUCUGAGUCUGUUGUAGCGUCGGUCUCCUCGGUGAGAAAGCCACAACAUUGGACAAAACUAUAACUUCAUCUUCCUGACUGUGUCGUGCAAUAUCACGCUCCAUACUGGAACAUCCUGCUUUACCAAACCUGCCAACCUGUCCAUAACCAUAGCAGGCAGUAAGGACAAGGGCAAAUAUACAGCAGAAAUAAAUAAUUCAGGAUGACUUUGUGGACUUUACUCGCCCUUUUACCGCUGUGCACAUCUUCUCCUCUUUUAACAGAUAUGUCUGUAGGCAAAGACCCAGCUGCAGGGAGCAGCUGCUCAGGCAGAGCCUGUAACCCCCGCAUGGGUAACUUGUCUCAGGGCAGAGUGCUGAGCACCCAGUCCACGUGCGGCGCCAACUCCUCGGAGCUGUACUGCUUCUACAGACAGACGUUUGCGCCCCGCAGCAAAGAGAGCUGCUCACUGAUUAAAUGCAGCAAGUGUAACUCUGACGUUCCUGGUCAGGCUCACCCUGCGUCUGCCAUGACAGACUCCCCUUUCCUCCACCCUGACUCCUGGUGGCAGUCUGCAGAGGGAGUGAAGGAGGAGAUGCUGCAGCUGGACCUGGAAACUGAGUUCCUUUUCACUCACCUCAUCCUGGUGUUCCGAUCCCCCCGCCCUGCUGCCAUGGUGCUGGAGCGCUCCCAGGAUCACGGGCGCACAUGGAAGACCCUCAGAUACUACGCCAAAGACUGUGAGCAGAUGUUUGGCCUGGCCGAGGAGACUACAGACAAGGAGGGUGGAGCAACAUGCACCUCCAAGUAUUCAGGAGCUUUUCCUUGUACCAGAGGAGAGGUCAUCUAUCGAGCCCUGUCUCCCUGGCAGUCGGUGGAUCCCUACGGCGCAGCUGCACGGGACCAGCUCAUGAUCACAAACCUGAGGGUCCGUCUGCUUCAGCAGCAGCCGUGCCCCUGUCAGGACAAAGAUCUGGGUGCGGCCUCGCUCCCCACAGCGCACUAUGCCAUAUACGACUUUAUUGUCAAAGGCAGCUGUCUCUGUCACGGACACGCUGACCAUUGUCUACCAGCCACAGACCACCAGUCAAGCCCGGACAAGACGAGUAACGUGGUCCAUGGAAAGUGUGUGUGCAGACACAACACAGCUGGUGACCACUGUGAGCGCUGUGCGCCUCUCUACAACGACAGACCCUGGCAGGCGGCCAACGGUCUCACCGGGACGCCGCACGAGUGUCAGAAGUGCAAAUGCAACGGUCACGCCAACAGCUGCCACUUCAGUCGUGAACUGUGGCUGGCAAGCAGCCGGCGGAGCGGUGGUGUGUGUGACGACUGCCUCCACAACACAGAGGGUCGUCACUGCCAAAACUGCAAGAAAGGUUACUUCAGAGACCAGAGUCGUCCUGCCACAGCUCCCGACUCCUGCAAACCUUGCUCCUGUCAUCCUGUAGGCUCCGCCCUCUCAGGUGACGGCUCCCACUGUAACCCCACCAAUGGGGAUUGCACUUGUAAGCCAGGCGUCGGAGGCCCUGCCUGUGACAGCUGCAUGAUGGGAUACUGGGGGCUGCAUGAAUACGGCUGCCGUCCUUGUGACUGUACAGGAGACUGUGACCCCUUCACUGGUGACUGUAUUUCUGGCUCAGAGGUGGACGCCUUCUAUGCCGGUUCUAACCACGUGGGACACAGCAGCAAUGACAGUGAGAGGACACAGUUUAAGCCCGAGGAGCUUUUCUCUGCACUGCAUCAUUCUGUGAAAUGUGAGUGUGUGGAAAUGAGUCUGGACAGACCUAAAGUCAUCUGUGCUGCAGCUUAUGACUACGUACUGGUGGCGAAGGUGAUGUCAGCUCAUGAUAAAGGUUCCCACGCAGAGGUGGAAGUCAAGGUGAAGAAGGUCUUGUACCAGAGCCCUUCCAUGAAGAUUCGGAGAGGAAGUGUCACACUCUACCCAGAGUCCUGGACGACGCAGGGUUGCACAUGUCCCAUCCUGAACCCAGGAUCGGAGUAUGUAGUUGCUGGUCAUGAAGACUGGAGGACAGGUCGACUGAUGGUCAACACGAAGAGUCUGGUUAAAUCUUGGAGGUCGAGCCUGGGACGCAAAAUCCUCCACAUCCUGAGGAAAAACUGCGGUCAGCGGCAGAGCUUCGUCAAGGUCUUCCCCGGAGAAAUGAACAGAAUCAAAGCUCUGACAAACAGAUGACGGCUAAACAAAUAACGAAAUCAACGAACAAUGACCCGGGGGGGUUGGGGGGGGUAUUUAACAUUUUUGUGGACACAAAAGUGAAACAAAAAACACGAAACGGUCGUUAAAUGAUGCGAGGGUCUGUGAUCUGACGAAGCCACAUCCUUCUCGCUCUGAUGCUGAGCUGUUUGCUUUGGAAUUCGAAUCAUCCCCGUCUGCUCUCACACCCUGGUGACAAAUCAUGAGUCAACAUCAAACUAUGUGUUAUGUGCGGGACCAUGUAUGUGUCCAAUAUGCUCCAUUACAUAACCAGUGCCUUUUGGGACAACACGCUAGUGACACGCUGGGAUGAAGGGACAUCAACAGCUACUCUACCUGUUCCUCAGACACUGAGGCUCAUUGUCUGUGGGCCGACAGAGAGACCUAGACGCACACUCCGUUUGACCCACAACAACACAAGCACCUUGGAGGAGUUCGGCCUUAAUGCUCAUUUAGCGAAAAUAGGUUCUGGUUGUCGGCUGGCUUCACACCAGACUGUAAGAAUCUGUUGCUGUCCUUCAACGACCUACUUGUGUGUGAAGUUGAUAGAUUCGUGGCGAUAACACCUAACCUGACACACACACACACACACACACGCACUACCCUAGCAUAUGUUUCUCUACUUGGCCUCUGGCUCUUGCUGCCUUAAAAUAAAUAUGUAUUAAAAGCCA